CAACAGUUGUAACAAGAAAUACUUGUCUUAGAUAGUAAAACCCAAAGUUUUGAUCUUUUCAUUGUUAUUCUUCUUCUAAUAACCAUUUUAAGUUUCAUCAAAGAAAACAAUGGUGGUUUUAACAGAACCUGACAAUGAUCACUUACCAAUAAUCAACAGCAAUUCUUGCAAAUCCCCCUCUUUCUUCAAUGAUAUUCCUGUAAUAGACCUCUCUAAACCUGACUCCAAGAACCUCAUCGUUGAGGCCUGCGAAGAAUUCGGAUUCUUUAAAGUCGUAAACCAUGACGUUCCUAUAGAAUUCAUAAGUAAACUCGAAUCCGAAGCCAUCAAAUUCUUCUCCUCUCCCCUCUCUGAGAAGCUAAAAGCAGGGCCUGCUGACCCUUUUGGCUAUGGCAAUAAACAAAUCGGACAAAGUGGCGAUAUCGGUUGGGUUGAAUACAUUCUCCUUUCAACAAACUCUGAAUUCAAUUACCAGAAAUUCGCAUCUGUAUUAGGUGUCAAUCCAGAAAACAUUCGAGCUGCGGUGAAUGAUUAUGUGACAGCAGUGAAGAGAAUGUCAUGUGAGAUUCUUGAAAAGUUGGCGGAGGGAUUAAAGAUUCAUCCGACGAAUGUUUUCAGUAAGCUUUUGAAGGAUGAAAAGAGCGACUCUGUUUUCAGGCUGAAUCAUUAUCCUCCAUGUCCUGAUAUUCAAGAAUUCAAUGCCAAAAAUUUGAUUGGAUUUGGAGAACAUACCGAUCCACAAAUCAUAUCGGUAUUAAGAUCCAACAACACAUCCGGCCUUCAAAUUUUACUCAAAAAUGGCAACUGGUUUUCUGUGCCACCUGAUCAGAGUUCUUUUUUCGUCAAUGUUGGCGACUCAUUACAGGUGAUGACUAAUGGAAGGUUUAAGAGUGUGAAGCAUAGGGUGUUGACAAACAGUGUAAAAUCAAGAUUAUCAAUGAUAUAUUUUGGAGGACCACCAUUGAGUGAAAAGAUAGCACCAUUGCCAUCACUAAUGGAAGGAGAAGAAAGCAGCUUGUACAAAGAGUUUACAUGGUUUGAGUACAAAAAAUCAGCUUUCAAAUCUAGACUAGCACAAAACAGAUUAACCCUGUUUGAGAAAUUUGGAACCUCAUAGUGGUUUUUAACGAGAGACAAAGCCAGAAUUUAAAGUUUAUCAUUUUAUAUGUACAUAUUUAAUAGAUUCCUCCGCAAAUAUACCAUGUUUGGAUCAAAAGGGUAGUGAUAUCGAAAAACUCAAAUGAUUUUCCUUUGAU